CACUCUCCACUCUCUAAAACCCACUCUUCUUCUUCUUCUUCUUCAUCAUCAUCGUCCUCAUCCUUACUCUCUUCUCUUUCGCCCUUUCCCAUGGCGGCUUCCAAAUCUCUUCUCCUCUUCCUCGCCAUCGCCGCCACUGCUGCCAUCGUCUCCGCCCACAAUAUUACCGACAUGCUCAAAGACUUCCCUCAGUACAGCGUCUUCAGCAAUUAUCUCCAACAAACCAGACUCGCCGACGAGAUCAACAGCCGUCAGACCAUCACCGUCCUUGUCGUCGCCAAUGGCGCUCUCUCUCCUAUCCUCGACAAACAUCCUCUCUCCGUUAUCAAAAAUCUACUCAGUCUCCACAUCGUCUUGGACUACUACGAUCCCGCGAAACUCCACAAGAUCUCCAACGGGACCACUCUCUCCACUACGCUCUACCAAACCACAGGUCACGCGCCUGGAAAUCUAGGUUUCGUCAACAUUACCGAUCUCCAAGGCGGUAAGGUUGGAUUCGGCUCCGCCGUACCCGGAUCUAAACUUGAAUCAAGUUACACGAAGUCGGUUGUGAGUUUGCCAUACAACAUUUCGGUUAUUGAGAUUAGUGCACCGAUUGUAGCGCAGGGGAUUUUGACAGCUCCGGCUCCCUCGGCUUCCGACGUUAACAUAACGGCUUUGCUCGAAAAAGCUGGGUGUAAGACGUUUGCGGCGCUGAUUGUUUCUAACGGUGUGAUUAAGACUUACGAAUCGGCGGUUGAGAAAGGAUUGACUAUAUUUGCGCCGAACGAUGAGGCGUUUAAAGCCGAUGGAGUUCCAGAUCUGAGUAAGCUUACUAAUGCUGAAGUUGUUUCACUUCUUCUAUACCAUGCUCUUCCUGGUUACACUCCCAUCGGCACAUUGAAGACCACUAAGGAUCCAAUCAAUACUCUGGCUACUGGAAGUGCCGGAAAGUUCGACAUUACCACGACUACGGCCGGAGAUGCAGUUACUCUCCACACCGGGGUUGGACCAUCGAGAGUCGCCGAUACAGUCCUGGACUCGACUCCGCUCGCUAUUUUCAGCGUCGAUAGUGUGUUACUCCCAUCUGAGUUGUUUGGAAAGUCUCCUUCUCCAGCGCCAGCACCAGAGCCAGUGAGUUCACCUUCGCCGACGCCGUCUGUUGCUCCGAGUCCAAGCCCUAUAGCGAAGGCUCCAUCUCCAUUAGCGGCGUCGCCACCUGCUCCUCCAUCGGACACGCCGGAAGGUUCGCCAGCAAAUGCACCUUCUGCGGAAGCGGAAACAAGUACUCCGGGAAGUUUCGCCGUUGGGGUGAAAGCGUCGGGUAUGGUUGCUGUUGCCGUCAUUGCUACCACUAUGAUUUCGUCUCUUUUGUUGUCCUAGAUCGUAAUUUUCCCUCUUUUCAGCUGCACUUUCUUAUUUUAGUUUUUUUUUCUAUUUUUUGUACUUUUUUAUAUGAAUAUUUUUUAUGGGAUUUAUUAGUAUUUUCUGAAUACACCUUCGUUAGCUUUGUAGAGAGUGAUGAGUGAUUGAGCGAGAGAGUAUGUAGUGGUGGGGUUCCCCACUCCCUUUUGUUUCUUUGUUUUUGAGUAUUCACCUCACCUUCUUCUUUUCCUU